UCUCUCCUUCAAAUGUAGUAUCUCCUAGCAUAGCAUAGCAUAACAUAUCUCUAGCAACCCAUUUGAAAAGUUUCCACCUUUCAUUUCUUACCACAAUCCCUCCACUCUUUCUACCUCAAAACUUUCUCUCUCUUUUCACACACAAAAAAAGAAUCUACUAUUUCCCUUCUCACUAGACUCACAAAAACAAAUCAUUUUCUAUAAAAACCAUUUCUCUUUAUUAUAUAUAUUCUAUAUAAGACCAUCAAAGAUACUACAUCACAAAAACAAAAGAAUAGUAUAUUUUUCCCCCUAGUGUUUGUUAUUCAUAUGGGGUCUUCUCCUGCUUCUUCUCAUGCUUUCACAUUUAUUACCAUUCUCUUGUUACAGAAUGUUGGUCACAUUCAUUGAUACCUAACCUAAGAAGAAAAAAAAAAUAGUUUCAUCAUUUCAUAGCAUUAAAUUUCUCAUCUUUAUUUCAUGGAGAGGCUUCAAGCACCCAUCAAUUCUUCUUUCUUUGGUGAAGUGAAUUGUUUAGACCAAACAUUUCUUGACACAGAAAGUUUAAGAUUUGAGGAAGAUGAACAGUUUCUGAUAUCAAGCUUAGAAGACAACAUGCCAUUUCUUCAAAUGCUUCAAAGUGUUGAAUCUCCACAGUUGAUAUAUCCUCUAAAAGAACCAAACUUUCAAACACUUUUGAGGCUACAACAUAUGAAGAAGCCAUGGGAAGAAGACAUAGCCUUUAUUCCUAGGAUGGAUUCACAUCAACAAGCUCAAACAACAUUGGAAUUUGAGAGCUGUGUUACACAUGAUGUUCUAGAGAUGCAGUCACCAGUGAAAUCAGAAAGCUAUGAACUUCAACACAAAGUUUCAGCUUCAUGCAUUGAGAAAUUGAGCUAUGAGUGUAACCAAGAACAAACAAAAACAUGUUCCAAAUCUCAGCUUGUGACAAGAGAAAAGAGGAAGAGGAAAAGAACAAGACCGGUUAAGAAUAAGGAAGAUGUUGAGAAUCAAAGGAUGACACACAUUGCUGUUGAAAGAAAUAGGAGAAGACAAAUGAAUGACCAUCUUAGUGUUCUUAGGUCUCUUAUGCCAUCUUCUUAUAUUCAAAGGGGUGACCAAGCAUCAAUAAUUGGAGGGGCAAUAGAUUUUGUGAAGGAGUUAGAGCAAUUGCUUGAAUCUCUUGAAGUACAAAAAAGGUUAAAAAAGAAUGAAGAAUUUGGUUCAACCUCAUCAUCAUCACCACCUAGUUAUGAAACAAAGUUAUCAUGUUGUGAAGAAAAUGAGGUGAAGGCAGAAAACAAAUCAGAAGCAGCAGAUAUAAAAGUGACAUUGAUUCAAACUCAUGUGAACUUGAAAAUAGAGUGCAAAAGAAGAUGUGGUCAAUUGAUAAAAGUUAUUGUUGCUUUGGAGAAUCUUAGGCUAACUAUUCUUCACCUUAACAUCACAUCCUUUGAGUCUUCUGUACUUUACUCCCUCAAUCUCAAGAUUGAAGAAGAUUGUAAGCUAGGCACAGCAAAUGACAUAGCAGAAGCAGUUCAUGAAAUAUUCAACUAUAUUAAUGGUAACUAGGUUUAACCAUAGGGGAGUGAAUAGGAGAAGAAUAAAGGACAAGGAAAUUAUUGAAGGGAGAAGUGGUAACGGGGAACAUAGGGCAACAAUUUCUUGUCUACAUAUAUCAAUGUAUGAUGUAUCAUGUUAAUUAGGUAGCUCACAAAAUAGAGAUAGGGUACAUCAUCAUGUUAUUGUUUUUCUGUUUAUUUUAUUUUAUUGGAUUUUUAGUUGGUAGUAUUAUCUUAUACUAAAGUGUGUGUAAUGUUUAUUAAUUUGAUUAGUAUUUUGGUGAA